GGACAGGCUGGAGCUACAACCUUGUGAACACCAUGCUUUAGCUGGAGAGAGACAGAAUUCCCCAUGAGAGAAUCAAAAGUAAACCAGAGGCAGGACAAAAGAAACUUGCAGGUCCUGGGACGGAUGGCCAGGCAAAAAAUAUCAUUACCCGCAGAUUUGGUGGAGUCUCGUGUGAAAACCAGUUGUCAUUUAUCCUGACAAUACAUGUCUGUGGACUGUAUCUGGAUGGAUGAAGGGUUCCUCUCCACAUUCCUUUCUGCUAAGCUGGAAAACAGUGAGCUCUAGCAAUUCUGUCUCUGCCCCCUAUGGACAUUGAUUUACAGAGACCUGACGGGAUUAUAAGAAAGCCCAUGGACUCACUCCAACUUUGAAGCCUUUGCAAUCUUGGCCCCGCCUUUCUUGACAGAAAUAAACCUUGCCUUUUAUUCGGCUGAGGUUACUGAGGAAGGAGAGACAAGAGUCAGACUUCUUGGGCUGUGGACACCAUGGAUCGCAAACAUAGUCGUUCAGUGAAUCUGAAUGAUGGAAACUUGAUGCCAGUGCUUGGAUUUGGCACAUUUGCUCCGGAUGAAAUUCCAAAGAGUAAGGCUAAUGAGGCCACCAAAAUAGCCAUUGAUGUAGGUUUCCGUCACAUAGAUGCUGCAUACUUCUACCAAAAUGAGGAAGAAGUUGGACAGGCCCUCCGAGACAAGAUGGCUGAUGGAACUGUGAAGAGAGAGGAUUUAUUCUACACCACCAAGAUUUGGUCGACUUUCCUUAGACCAGAGUUGGUUCGUCAGUGUCUGGAGAGAUCACUGAAGAAACUUGGCCUGGAUUAUGUAGAUCUCUGCCUUAUUCAUGAACCAAUUGCUAUGAAGCCUGGAGAGGAACUUGUGCCAAAGGAUGCCAGUGGAAAAAUUAUUUUAGACGUUGUGGACAUUUGUGAUACAUGGGAGGCACUGGAGAAGUGUAAAGACUUAGGUUUAACCAAGUCCAUUGGGGUGUCCAAUUUCAACCACAAACAGCUGGAAUUGAUUCUGAACAAACCAGGGCUAAAAUACAAGCCCGUUUGCAAUCAGGUAGAAUGUCACCCAUAUCUCAACCAGAGCAAACUCCUGGAGUUCUGCAAGUCCAAAGACAUUGUUCUAGUUGCCUACAGUGCCCUGGGAUCCCACAGAGACCCAAACUGGGUAAGCAGUGAUAGCCCAUACCUUCUGGAGGAACCUAUCUUAAAGACCAUUGCCAAGAAACACAACAGAUCUCCAGGCCAGGUUGCCCUGCGCUACCAGCUACAGAGGGGUGUGGUGGUUUUGGCCAAGAGCUUCAAUGAGAAGAGAAUCAAAGAGAACUUCGAGGUGUUUGAUUUUGAAUUGACCCCAGAGGACAUGAAAGUAAUUGAUGGCCUCAACAGAAAUUUUCGAUAUGAUAGUAUGUCAUUCUUCCUUCUCUCAGUGUCCAUUGACAUUUGCCCUGGGACAGUCCUUUUUCAAGUGCGGAGGAUCACCCUUAUUAUCCAUUUUUAGAAGAAUACUGAGUAUGAGCUGUUAAACAUUACAGAGACUCUCCUUCCUCCAAACAAUGUGUUUCUGUAUUUGGUAGAGUGGUCGAGAAGCAGGAUUCCUGCCUCCAUGUGUUUGUCAAAUGUUACAAAAAUCUCAAGUGUUUUUCCUGAUGAUUAAAAAAUAACAGACAAAUUACAGAGAAUUUAUAUAAUAAAAAGAAAUAUUUGAUAUAUCUUUCUUGAUUUUUA